AUAACUUCUUAAUUUCCUCUUUGCAUAUUGGCCAUCGCCAUAGGCAAGAGAGCAGAACUUUGGCACAGGGUAACUGCUGAUGAUGGCCACUAAAUGUGCUCCUUUUACAGGAAUCACAGACAACGCCAGCGACCACCUCUAGACUUCUAGCCCUGGAUUCACUGUAAAUUACCACCGUGUUUUUAAUAUGUGGUACACCUUUAUGAGUGCAUGCUUUUCAUGCGCGGCCGCUGUAUGGUGCGAUGGAUGGAGCAUGAGCUUGAAGUUUUCUUCAUCUAGUAGUUUGUUUUCGAGGGGUUGCCAGCACUCAAGUUUCAUCUGGGCAACCCUCGCUGCUGCACCACUCCAGCACAGUUUUUGAUACGUUUCGUACUUGCUUCGACAACGCAGUGGGGUUCUACUUGGAAAUCAAGGAAAAAAAUCCGCCAACAUGUUUGAUCGCCGGCUAAUGGGCAAGGCGGCGGAGUGGCCGGUGGCCAUUUGCCUGCUUCUGCUGUUGCUGCCGGAGGUUUGUCGCGAAGCUGUCCACCGAUGGCGACUGCAUCUGGGAGGCUCGUUUCUUCGCGACUCAAGUAGCCCGACUUCCGCACAAGAAGACAUGACUGGUGAUGACGAGGAACAUCUGGACGCGGACGAAGAAGGGUCUCUGUUUGAAGACGAAAUGCUCCUACAGCAGGACGAGGAGGACAUUCUCAGAAGUAGCGGACGAAAUGUAAUGAACGUCGAAGGUGGCGAGGACUGUGUCCUCGAGGAUGAAGAGCAACAUGAUCAUGGAGAAACUGCUUCGACUACAUCGAGGAAUUCUACUGCCUACAGCGAAGCGGACCCAGAACCAGCAUCUUCAAGUGAUAGCACGAACCAUCGCUCUGGCGCGAAAGUGAGAACAGAAAAUGUAAAUGAGACCACAGAUGACGGCGUUAUUAAGCGAUUCAAUAACGACCGGUCUUCUUCCUCCUCCUCUGGUGUGACCCAACGAUGCACAGGCACGAAGAGCAGAACAGUGAGGCCGCAGACGCACUCAAGCUCGUCCUCGUCAAGCUCCUCCGCUGGGUUUCGUGCGGUCGGGCGUGCCGACAAGAGCGGCGGACCGGACCCAGACCUACCGCUAUACACGACUGCGUCAUCAGAGGACGCCGCAGCCUCUUGGAGCGAUUACACUGCGAGCACCGUGGCGUCAGCAAAUCGUAGAGCGAUGACCUCAUCCGGGAAAAAUUCGAAGAACAACAGUACGGCAGCAGACAACUACUACACAUCAUCCGCAGGAGCACGACAAGGCGGGAGGACACUGAACAGAAUGUCCGCGGACCAGCGCGAAGAUCUGAAACAGAGAAGGCUCAGGAAGAAGCGGGCAGCAAAAGCCGGAUCUGACGGAAACAAAAUAAUACGCAACACGAACAACAACACAACCAAAGCGGUGGAAAUCGAUCUGGGGCCGCACUUUCCGGACGUGAUAUCUCUAGUGGAUCCGGAAUAUGCAUUGCAAAUAUGUCUUUGUCUGGGUCUGGUACGAUUGCUGGGAAAGGUGCAAACUUCUGAUGUUAAAGAUGAUGGAAAAGCAAAAAUUCUUUUUUGCGCAAUAGUUUUGUUGUUCUUUCUCGACCAAGACACAUUUGCAUUUGAUACGGAGACUGGAGGGCAGUUCAGCGUUGACAUGACGCGACCGGAACCUCUGGCGGGAGGCGGACUGCUGCCGGGUGCGUACGCCUCCUCAUCAAGCAAUGAGGGCCAGGAGACGUACGAUGUGCACGUGAAGCUUUACCAGGAUGCGAAUUGCUUCGAGCAGACAGGAUCAAGGUAUUGAUGUAUUUUGUUAAUUUGAUUGGAUCAGGAUCAUGUUCAUAAGGGCAUCCCGACGACCUUUCCACUUAUUUGCCGCUGUUUGCUGCGUUUGCGUUAUAUUAUGUAGUCGUGGUCCACCUCCACUCGCAUGCCAUGCCUGUGUGUGGCCGACAUUCAAACACAAAAGGAGACUCGAAAGCGAACAUGAAUUACAGGACCUUCGCCGCCUCGACUUCCGACGUCCGCACAACCACGUUUACGCAAACCGAUGUGAAGGUCGCCGCAUCUGGCAUCGUAUGCUACGCAAACACGUAAGCCAACUUAAGUCACUCCACCUCGUAAUUGUUUUGUGUCGGAUCUUCACCUACCCAGCAUCAGAAAGUUGAAAGUACGGCUUUGGCUAGUACUUUGGCUUGCAUCUGUUUCCACGAGGACAGCAUUGCCAUUGGUUUUAGUACGAGCAACAUCCAUGUACAUCGCUCUUCUUGUUCCUCUAUCCAUUCAUUGUCUCAGAAGAAGAUCGAGUAGAUGAUGCGAAGAGGCCCCGGAAAGCAAAGGUAAUUAUUUAUGCCCAUCUAAGACUAAGUACGUCAAUUUCUAUACAGCUUUCCGCCCAACCCGACGGACGCGGUUGCCUUUGAUUUUGCUAUUGUCCGCUUCCACAAUGGAGUAAACCCCGACGACCAAAAUGAAAAGUACAAGAAGACCGUAAACCUCCGUCAGUACACGGAUCACUGCCGGACCCGAGCCGGAGCAGGUCCGUAGUUUUGCGUAGUUGAAGAUAAACCUCCGCUAAAUGCAAAUUCAAUCUUUAUGAUAAGCACCAAAAAAUAAAAAAUCUUAAUCCGAGUUCGUGUAUCGAGAUGGAUAUUUUCUAUGGAUUUCUGCAGAGCAGCUAAAGGUAGGACUAGGAGCAUCGCUCCCGUAAGUGUAUCCCUCCGGAUGGCUUAUCAUAUAUUCUUGCUCUCUCUGCGUCCAAAUAGGUUUCGCACCAAUCCAAGCAUUUGCGGACGAGUCGGAGUGCGCCGACUUUCUGGGCCCCUUCUAUGCGGUCUAUAGCCUGCUGCCGCGGCGUGCCGGCGGGUGUUCGGAAGGAGGUACAGAUGGUUUGGAUGGAGGGCAAAAUGUUGUAUAUGGAUUUACGUUCUUUUCCAUUCCCUUUCAUUGAAAUGAGCACGAGGCCGUCACGAUCAGGAUGAUGUUUAUUAUGAGAAGUUUCUUGUGAUUCCCGUCCUGUCUACUCAUCAAGUAGAAGACAAACCUGCGCAACAUUUUGCAAUACAGAGGCGUGCUCGACGCUAAAGAUGGCACGGCAGCUGUUUUAUCCGACGUCAACCUGCGCGGGUAACCCAACGGUGACAUACAAGUACCCCAUUCAGAAAGAAUGCCUGCGAUACUCGAACGGUACUUGUUGUGAAAAUUUUGGUUGAUUCACGGCAAUUGUGUAUUACCGAUAAGAAAAGAGGCAUAAGAAUGUGCAUUGAUUCCGCUAAGUCCUUCUUGUGAUCUGGAAACAUUCAUUUUAGUCCGUUUGCAGAUCCUCAUACAUUCUCAUCGCCUUCUCGCUGCUGAAGAUACAUGCAUCUCCAAAUCGGCUAUUCUUGCAAACGGCCACUUUGCUUCCUUUUUCGUUCACAGGCACCCAGAACUUCAGCAGUGACGCUGGGUACGUGAAUAUCACGGAAAGAGAUUACGAGGGCAGCUCUUCGGUCGAAGGCUGCCAAGGCCCGACCAGAACGUACGAUUUGGUUUUUGUUUUUCACUGACCGUGCAGUAACAAAUAAUUCUCUUGGCCCCUCGACGUGGAGGUUCCGUUCCUUCCGUAUGCAAAAAUGUUGUGUCCACUGCUACAUAUCUAAUACAGUCUCUGACUUUAUUGCUUUGAACAAAUCUGACGGAGGUACCAGAUGGAGAUGAAUAAGUGCUACAGCUUAUACGGAAAUCGCGGCUUUCGAUGGGAAACGGACGGCAACUAUCUCGCCAGCUCUGCCCAAUUCGGGGCUGCCCCGGCACUGCAGACCACGUUCUUUCUCCUUUUGCUGGGUCUCUGGACUUCGGCAAUGCAGCGGCGGGGAUACAAGUACUAAAGUCGCACUGUGUGCUGUACUUGAGAUGGUGCCGUUCCUGCACCAGUGCAGCGGCUCUCGAUGGUGAUAGUAAAGUAUUUCGAAACGAAAAUGAUGCAGGAUUAUAGGAGAGGCUCCUCCUUCUUUUGGGAAACGAGCCACUUCUUGUCCCACGCGACUCAAUCCUUGGUCGUGUGCCUGCAAAUGCAUGCAUGCUGUUUCAACCUCUGUUGCAGAAAGAUAGAUUUGUUCCUUGUAGAUUGAGAAUUUUUACCUCUUUGAGCUUGAAAGGAUCUUGCUGCUUGUUCUUUGUGAAAAUUGAACCAAUUGACGGGCGAUCUUUCUCUGCUUGCAGAGAGGAAAAUUAUGAAAUAUACUGAUUGUUGAU